UUGAAGCCGGGUUCUCUGGAAGAGCAGCCAGUGCUCUUAACCGCUGAGCCAUCUCUCCAGCUCCACUCUGGCCUCUUUUCACAGAGGAUUCAGCUGUCUCCUCUCAGCACCUUUCCAUCCCUGUGCUCUGUCUGCUUUUGCUUUGCACCGGUUUCUAAAACCGUUUUGACAUCUUCACCAGUCAUGUUUUCAGCUGCUAAAUCCGGGCCACACUUCAAUUCCAGUUUCCCUUCUGGACCCUUUCUUCUUUUCAACACUAGAAACUGCCCCUGUAUUCUCUUUCCCUCUUCCCUCCCUCCUUCCCUCCCUGUCUCUCAUUUUGUUUUGCUUCUUUGUUUUUGUUUUAAGAUGGACUCUCACUCUGUUCUCAGAGUUGUAUCAAACUUCUGGGCUCAAGGGAUCCCCAUACACACAAGUAGCUCAGGCUGCCCUGCAGCUCCCUCUGCCUGCAUUUCUUCCUUCCCCUCCUCCUCUUCCUGAUUUUUCUAUACUAGGGUUUGAACCUAGGGUCUUGCACUUGCUAGGGAAGUAGUUGAUCACCGAUCACUUUUUUCUUUUUUUAAGACAGGGUCUCACCAGAUUGCUCAGGCUGGCCUUGAAUUUGCGAUCUUUGCUUCAGCAUCCCGAGUAGAAGAGAUUAUGGGCCUGUGCCUCCAGGCUAGUUAGUGCCCCUAUUUUGAAUCCCCUCCCCAUUUUGGCUUUCGGGCACAGUGUCUCUUAGACUUUUUCCUGCUUGCACACUACCUCCCCAGACUUAUGGGGCUCCACCACCCUUGUUGCUGGGCCCGCCCACACCACUCUGGGAUGCUAACAAUCUCAGUCUUUCCACCCUGGAAGAGGUAUCUUUGGGUCUUCUCAACAACACCUAUUUCUCCAGAACAAUCUCCCUCCCCCUGUCAUGUUAAUGAUGUCACACCCACACCUGUGCCCGAGCCGCCUCUCAUGUUCCCUCCACCUGAGCUCCAGCUGCAUGACGGUUUGCCAGUUCUUCCUGUAACCAUGCCCAGGCUUCCUUCUUGGCUUCAAGCCUCAGGCCAUUUGAUUUUCACCCUGCCAGUCCCAGCUUUUCCCUGCAUUGAACUCAGGGAGGAUGAGAGAGGGGCCGAUGCUUAGUGUAGAAGGGGGUCUCCAGGCUGAGAGCUAGCAGGCUAGAGUAUCUCCCACGUGGAGACAGCAGGAGCCAGGGUAAGGCAAAAGAGGCUGAGGGCAUAAAUGUACAGAGGCCUCACUCUUGGGGUGGCGCACCUGUACAUCCCACACUUCAGUGUUUCCCUAGGUGCUUCAUGUGCACAAGACUAGUGUCAGCCUGCACGUGAGCACAGAACAGCCCAAAGGAGGAGGGUGGCAACCGUGCUCACCCUCCUCUGCAAUGUCGACGACCAGCUUGCUGGUGAACGUACCCGCUACCUAGAGCCACAGUGUAGACUGUGACCAGAAGAAAUUGAAGGGCACGUGUGUGGGCAGCCUCCCUGGGUUUGGAGCCUCACAAGAAGGAAGCAGCAUCAGAAUUAGGCAUCUUGGAAGAAAGAGGUCUGCAGAGCAUUCAGGGGAGCAUGCAUGGACCUCUUAACAGGGUGCCCUGCCUUCUCUCUGGGGUUUAUAGGCCUGAAGAACAUCCCUCUUUCAUAACUGACACACAUAUUUGAGCUACUAGAACCUCAUGCCAGUGACCGGGAUUUGCCUGGUACUCCUGCCCACCUGUGUAAUACAGCUCUCCGCGACAGGUGUUCCAAGGUGCUGGCUUGAGACAAAAGAACCAGGAAGCAAGCUAGGCCUCUUUGAGCGGGGAGGCCUUGCUCCCCCUCCUGUGGGUAAGCUUUGAGGGAGAGAGCACACCCAACCGAACUGGCUCAGAGGACUUCAUGGUCAACUGAACGGGGUCAAGGUCCAAAGGGAAAGGGGGGGUGUGUGUGUGGAGGAAUGGCUAAUCCAAGAACUCUUCCUGGUGGUACUGCAUUCUUAGCAAGGUUCAGCAGGCAUGGCAUCCUCAGGGGUCAUCAUCACUGGUUGCGCAAGUCCCGCCCCUCCUUCACCCACCUGUGGGAAAAGCCAGGAGGGAGGAGCUGGCUGCUGGUGUUCUGGUGUGGCUGCGUCCCUGGCCCGGUCGCUGCCCGUUUAGGAACUGCUAUGGAGUUCUGAUAUCAAGGAGAAAACUGUAGUACGGGAUGGCUUGGUCGGCUAGUCCAAAGCACGCAGCUGCUUCGGGCCUAGCCCGGAUUUCCAGAGUGAGCCACAUGGCCCCUGCAGACCCGGCCUCGGAGGGUCCCAAGCUUGAGGACCCGCCGGCCCCCCACCUGUUUGCAAAGUGCCCUUCUGGCUUAGUCAUGGCGAAGCUGGAGACGUUACCUGUGCGCGCGGAUCCCGGGAGGGAUCCUCUCCUGGCCUUUGCCCCCCGGCCUUCUGAGCUUGGACCCCCAGAUCCCCGCCUGACCAUGGGCAGUGUGGGUAGUGGGGUGACCCAUGCCCAGGAGUUUCCUAUGAAAAGCGUGGGCACUCGAACAGGGGGUGGGGGCAACCAGGGCAGUUUCCCUGGUCCUAGAGGCGGUGGUAGUGGAGCCGGCCGGGAGAGACCUGGCCGCUACCCAUCAGAGGACAAGGUUCUCGCCAACUCUCUCUACCUCAAUGGCGAGCUGCGGGGCAGUGACCACACAGACGUCUGUGGUAAUGUGGUGGGCAGCAGCGGGGGCAGCAGCAGCAGCGGGGGCAGCGACAAGGCCCCACCACAGUAUCGUGAACCCAACCACCCACCGAAGCUCCUGACCACCUCUGGCAAGCUAGACCAGUGCUCAGAACCACUCGUUCGGCCGUCAGCCUUCAAACCUGUUGUACCCAAGAACUUUCAUUCCAUGCAGAACUUGUGUCCUCCACAGACCAAUGGGACCCCCGAGGGACGACAGGGCCCCGCUGGCCUCAAGGGCGGACUGGACAAGUCUCGGACCAUGACCCCCGCGGGUGGGAGUGGGGGUGGCCUCUCAGACUCAGGCCGGAACUCACUCACAAGCCUGCCUACCUAUAGUUCCAGCUAUAGCCAGCAUCUGGCACCCCUCAGUGCUUCCACCAGCCAUAUCAACCGGAUUGGCACUGCUGGCUAUAGCAGCGGCAGCAGUGGCGGGGGGUCAGGCUACCAAGAUCUGGGGACCUCCGACAGCGGGCGGGCCUCCAGUAAGAGCGGGUCGUCAUCAUCCAUGGGGCGGUCAGGCCACCUGGGAUCUGGGGAGGGCGGAAGUGGGGGCCUGCCGUUCGCAGCCUGCUCACCACCCUCGCCCAGUGCGCUGAUCCAGGAGUUGGAGGAGCGGCUGUGGGAGAAGGAGCAGGAGGUGGCCGCCCUGCGGCGCAGCCUGGAGCAGAGCGAGGCAGCCGUGGCCCAGGUGCUGGAGGAGCGGCAGAAGGCCUGGGAGCGGGAGCUGGCGGAGCUCCGGCAGGGCUGCAGUGGGAAGCUGCAGCAGGUGGCGCGCCGCGCCCAGCGCGCCCAGCAGGGCCUCCAGCUGCAGGUGCUGCGGCUACAGCAGGACAAGAAGCAGCUGCAGGAGGAGGCGGCCCAGCUGAUGAGGCAACGGGAAGAGCUAGAGGACAAGGUGGCCGCCUGCCAGAAGGAGCAGGCCGACUUCCUGCCCCGGAUGGAGGAAACUAAGUGGGAGGUGUGCCAGAAGGCCGGGGAGAUUUCCCUCCUGAAGCAGCAACUCAAGGACUCGCAGGCCGAUGUGUCGCAGAAGUUGAGUGAGAUCGUGGGGCUGCGCUCCCAACUUCGGGAGGGAAGAGCCUCCCUCCGGGAGAAGGAGGAACAGCUGCUCAGCUUGAGGGACUCGUUCGGCAGCAAACAGGCCAGCCUGGAGCUGAGUGAAGGCGAGCUGCCCACUGCCUGCCUCAAGCCUGCACUGACCCCUGUGGACCUGGCCGAGCCACAGGAGGCACUGGCCUCCUGUGAGAGUGAUGAGGCCAAGAUGCGCCGGCAGGCUGGGGUGGCAGCUGCGGCUUCCCUGGUUUCUGUCGAUGGGGAGGUGGAUGCUGGGGGAGAGGGUGGGACGCGAGCCCUGCGCAGGGAGGUGGGGAGACUGCAGGCUGAGCUGGCUGCUGAGCGGCGUGCCCGGGAGCGCCAGGGUGCCAGCUUUGCAGAGGAGCGCCGGGUGUGGUUGGAGGAGAAGGAGAAGGUCAUCGAGUACCAGAAACAGCUCCAGCUGAGUUAUGUGGAGAUGUACCAGCGCAACCAGCAGCUGGAGCGGCGGCUUCGGGAGCGUGGGGCAGCAGGGGGUGCCAGCACGCCUACUCCCCAGCAUGGUGAGGAGAAGAAAGCCUGGACCCCCUCCCGCCUCGAGCGCAUCGAGUCCACAGAAAUCUGAUUCUCUAUCUGCGUGCACAACCUUCUGACAAGUGCCCUGUCUGAAGGUCGGAGUCACCAAUGUUCCCUUCCAUUCAUUUCCCUUCCCAUGUGUGCUGCAUAUCCCCAGACCAAAGAGGUUCUCAAAGCAGCUGUGACCAGCCCCCUUUCCCCCAGUCCAUGCAGCUCCAGCACUGCCUUUGUGGGGAGCCACUCCAGACCCUCCUGCCAAGGAGAGCGUCGGGGAGGGCAGAGUGCAUGGCGGGUGAGGUCCCAGGUACAGGGAGCAUGCUCCUUUUCUGGAAAGCCUCUCAUUGGAGAUGGAGGCAGGCUUGAAUUGCCAGGAAGUACCCUAGCCCCCUUCCCGGAUCUUGGGCCACUGCUGCUGGCCACCUUGUGUCCAGUGCUACUGUCUGUGCUCUCCUAGGCCACACAGCCUGAAGGAGCCUGCGCGGGUCUACCAAUGCCGACAGACCCUAGGCUCCUGGUCUCUCUCCUUCAUGUGGUGUUCUCCUUCCCCAGGCAGAUUAGCAGGAGAAGUAGGAGCAGAUGGCCUGCCUGUGGUUGAGAGGGCUACCUGCCCAACCCCUCCCCCAGCAAGGUAUCUUUGGCUCAGCCUUAGAGCCUGGACUAGUCCUGAGCAUGUGCCCCUCUGUGUAUAUUGAGGGAGGUGAGAGUCGGGGCUGGAAGCGCAGUACCCAGGGGAGACCUGCCUUCCUAUUCUUGGAAAGGGUCGCCUAGAGGCUUCUCAGCCCCACCCUCACCCUCUGGCCAGGAUCCUACAAGGCUAUAUCCCCUGCUGCUUGGUGACCGUCCCCAGGGUCACUGUUCAGCUCUAAUGAUAGCUAUGAAGUGCUACCUGCCUCUUAGGUAUUUUGUUCACCCCAUUUCUGAGCUCAGAUGGAUGUCUGAUGUCUUCCUGUGUUUUCCCUCACUGUCUCCACCAGCCUCCUGCUUUCACGCUCACAUCACCUUCCCAGGCUGCCUUUUCCUCCGAGUCUCACCUUUGCUCCGAGCAGAGAGCCCUGCUCGACUCUCGGUGGGUGCCCUGCUCACUUCUCAGACCCACUGGCCCAAGUCUGAGCCUGGGCCCCUUGUUUGAGGGGCCAGUCAGGGUUGGAUGGGACUGUCCCUGAAGAACAAGGCUAACCUUUGAGGAUCACUGACCCUCGGGUUGCUCGCCAGACUCUUGAGUUGGCUUAUGUGUCCGGGCAGGGAUGGCUGGUAUGGGUUGGGACAGUCAAGGUCACUCACUUCCUUAUCUAGAAUCUCUCAGAGUCUCUCUCCCCAAGACAGGCAGGGAAAUUCUAAUUUCUCUUUUAAGAAAGUAAAAUUUCCAAUUCACCAGCAAUAACAAUCAGAGGAGACUUGGCCCUCAGUCCUUGUAUUUCUCUUUUUCACUCCCUCUUCCUGCCCCAAGAUGAACUUUUGGGGUCUGGAUGGAGAGGAUUGGUAUCUACUGUGAGCAAGUCCCCAACCCUGACCAGCCUCCUCCCAUGACUGGUGACUGUUCAACACGCUGUGUACCGCCCACAAAAACAGGAGUGCCCUCUUUGUGCCCUCCGACCCUUUGCACAGCUCCUUCUGGGUGGUCCUCAACGGGUUUUUGACCUUGAUUGGAGGCCACUCUGGCAACCACUGCCCAUUCCUCUAAUCCUUCACUGUACCUGCUCCAGAGCCUGAGCCUGGUCCACAGGGGCUGGGAGAAGGCAUUAACACAAAACAAAACAGAGAUGGGGGGAGAAAAAAAAUGAACAGCUUUGGAAUGUCCAACCACAAAAUAAAUUAUAUAUAAAUAUAUAAAUAUAUAUAUAUAUAUAUCUACCAUAUGUGAUGGAAAGACUUUUCAUUUUCCGUUCCCAAAGAAAUAAAAUGGAGAAAGCCUCUUAAAUGGCA